UGUCAAGUUAUAUCAAAAUAAGCUAUUACAGACGAUCUUGCUUCCAUUAAACUAGAAAAAAGAUAUCACACUAUGGCUGCAAAACAAGCCAUACGGGUUGGCACCAAAAAUGUAAGGCCAGUUCUAUCUUUAAACCAAGCAGAAGCCAGAUCACGAGUAUUAAGUUUAUACAAAGCUUGGUAUCGUCAGAUUCCUUACAUAGUCAAAGAUUUUGAUAUACCAAAAUCAGAGGAGCAGUGCCGUGCAAAAUUAAAGGAAAUAUUUGUAAAAAACAAAGAUGUCACUGAUGUGAGGGUUAUUGAUCUGCUUGUGAUUAAGGGUCAAAUGGAACUUAAAGAAACAGUCAACAUCUGGAAACAAAAAGGUCAUGUUAUGACAUUCUUUAAACCAACGGAAGAACCAAAACCUAAAGAUUUCUUAUCAAAAUUCUUCUCUGGUCUUGAUUAAUUACUUUUUGUUUUAAGCAAAAUAAUGUAAUUAUUUGUAUAGAUAAUAUGGAAUAGAGAAAUCAGUUACUACCA